CCCCCCCUCCUCUCCUUAUGCGUGCGGGCAGAGAUCUACGAGCGCUUCCUCUUCUCUUCCGGCGCAUCAGGCCCACUCGCAGCAACAGCAACAGCAGCAGCUCCUUGCACCUCACCAUCUUCCUCCUCUCCCUAUCCUCGUCUCUGCUCCUCUCUUCUCGUGCCCUCCAACGCCUACUACCCUCCUCCCCGCAACGGUCUUCGAGCCUGGCACGCGCCCUUCUUGCCCAAGCCACCGCGCGCUCCUUCCUACGUCGUUCAAGCGCCUCAGAAGCGCUUCCUCGCGCCGCUCGGCCCGCUCUCGCCGCAAGAAGCGGCGCGCUGGCGCAAGCGCCUGCUGCGCCACAGACGCCAACAACUGCAGGUGCGCAUGCAGGAGAAUGCGCAGCGCUGGGAGGAGCGAUGCAGGAGGGUGCAGGAGAAGGAAGAGCGCGCGCGCCUGGCGCGCAGGGAGAGGGAACGGAGAGCGCAGGCGGGAGAGGAAGAGGGUGGAGAGGAGGAACAGAUGGCCGCAAGUGCAGCGCCGGCGACGACGACGCAAGAGGAGGGCGCAUCGGGCAGGUCGGCACGCCAAGGCUCCGCCACGGAGGGCGCAUCGGGCAGGUCGGCACGCCAAGGCUCCGCCACGCCGCCUGCCGCCGCGCUCGUCAAGCGUCCGCGAGCGCGGCGCGCCGCACGCAUCCAGGACGCUGCCUCGGCGUCGGCGCCCGCUGCUGCGCCUGCUGCUGCUGCUGUUGCUGCGUCUACAGUCGGCCGUGCCGCACAAGCGCCCGAGGCACCGCCGCCAGUGGCCGUGGCCUUCGUGACGAAGCGGCCCGUCGGACGUCCGCGCAAGGAUGCGCCGCCGUACAUGCCGCCGCCGGCGCCGCCGAAACGGCCACGAGGCCGCCCUCGCAAAGACGCCGCAGCGCCCAGCGGCGAGGCGCCUUCGGCGCUGCCCGCCAACCGGCCGCGAGCUAGAGCAGCGCGCAAGAGCGUCGCGGCAGCGCCAUCGCAGCCGCUCUCCGAGCCGCCUGCUGCUGCGCCACGUACGCAGCGAGCCUCGACUCGGGCGCGCACAGAAGCGGCGAUCGCAGCCGUCACCAUGCCAGCCUCGCCUGCAGCUCAGCCCGCACUACCCGCAGCAGCGGCCGCAAAGCGUCCACGCGGCCGGCCGCGCAAGGACGCCGCGGCUCUGGCGGCCGCCUCGCCUGCGCCUCCGCCGCCGCUUUCGCCGGCCAGACGAACACCUGGCACGGCGCGCCAGGGCGCCGUGCUCGUCGUGUCGCCGCCGCCCGUGCCGCGCCCUCGUGGUCGGCCGCGCCAGAGUGGGCCCGCUGAAGCAGAGGACGAGGGCGCUUCGAGUUCCAAGCGUCGUCGCGUGGCAUGAAAAGAGUUUGCCCGUGCAAUCGAUACCCCCUUUGAACAUGCUGCUCUUCUAUUGCUUUUCCCUCGCCUCGCCGUCGCCCUUCUGCUCCUGCGCCUUGAUCUCCGACUCCAGCGCCUGGCCAAUCGUCUUUGCCACGUCGCCGUCUUCCGCCUCGGCCGUCUCGUUGGCCACUUUCGCCGCGAGGAUCUUGGCGCCGACAUUGCGGAUGUUCUGCU